AUGCAGAUCUUCAACCGCCUGCAGAUGAUACUCCUCCUCAUCUCGUCCCUGCUCUUCCUGGGACAUACCACCAAGACCUCGCCCGGCUCGACCAUACGAGACACCACCAUCAAGUUCAAGCAGAGUCUGCUUCAAGAGCAGAAGCAGAUACUCUUCGACAUUGUCAAGACCCACGACUUACUUCUCAGGGACGCCGCCAUUACCAGCUCUGUCUGCCCUGGUCUUAGAAACACGAUUGAGCGUUGUAUCGUCAGCGUUACAGAUUUCGAGACCCAGAUUGUAGAGAUCGGGAAACGCAUCGACGACGUGCAGACCGCUCAGCCUGUUCCCAACUUCGACCGCACCUUCAUCUCGGUGCUUAAGGAUACCCAAACCACUAUUGUGAACCUUGGCCACCGUUGCACGCAGCCUCUUGAAGAUGGUCUGCGUGGUUGCGUCGACCUGCUCGAAAACCUGUCAGUGAGGUGUCGGAAUCAGCAACUCACUUUGCACGCACCAAACGGCACUGCAGCUACCAACUUUCUGACACGGGCUGGGUAA